UACACUUCCACGGAAGUUUAAGAGAGAGAAAAAAGGGAUUAUAAUUUAUAACCAAACACACACAAAAUUAAAACUGAUUCACAACUUCUUUCUUUCUUUCUCUCUCUCUCUUGCUUGUCAUGUUCCCUGGUUGGAGGUGGGUAGCUCUGUAAAUGUGUUGCAUAACGUUGUUCUUUUCUUUUCUCUAUCUUCCUUUUUCUCAUCACAUGAAUGAUUGAUCCAACUCUAGAUAAAAAAAGAAAAUAAGUGGGUAUUUCUAAUUUGUGGUGUUAAAGCUAUAACCUUUUUAGUAGGGGAACCCAAAAAUCCUUUACAAAACAAUAUUUUAGUUGUUACAUUUUUGUAGAUAAAUAGAAGAAAAAUAUUGUCAGAAAAAAUACAGGUUUGAAAUUGAUAAACAGUUAUUGGAGAAUGAAUGGUUUUUCAAAUCUUGAAGAUGAGUGUUCUGAGUUCGUGGAAGUUGACCCAACUGGAAGAUAUGGCAGAUACCAUGAAAUCCUUGGGAAAGGAGCUUCCAAGAUAGUUUAUAGAGCAUUUGAUGAGUAUGAAGGUAUAGAAGUUGCUUGGAAUCAAGUAAAACUUUAUGAUUUUCUUCAAAGUCCAGAAGAUCUAGAAAGGUUGUACUGUGAGAUUCACCUACUAAAAACAUUGAAACAUAAGAAUAUUAUGAAGUUCUACACUUCCUGGGUUGAUACAGCUAAAAGGAAUAUCAACUUUGUUACUGAAAUGUUCACUUCUGGCACUUUAAGACAGUAUAGGUUGAAGCAUAGGAGAGUAAACAUCAGGGCAGUGAAGCACUGGUGCAGGCAGAUCUUAAAAGGGCUAUUUUAUUUACACAGCCAUGACCCACCAGUGAUUCACAGAGAUCUUAAAUGUGAUAAUAUUUUUGUGAAUGGUAAUCAAGGGGAAGUGAAGAUUGGUGACCUUGGCUUGGCUGCAAUCCUCAGGAAAUCUCAUGCUGCUCAUUGUGUCGGAACCCCGGAAUUUAUGGCCCCGGAAGUCUAUGAAGAAGAGUACAAUGAAUUGGUUGACAUAUACUCAUUUGGGAUGUGCAUACUGGAAAUGGUGACUUUUGAGUAUCCAUACAGUGAAUGUUCUAAUCCUGCUCAAAUCUACAAGAAAGUUAUAUCUGGUAAGAAGCCAAAUGCCUUGUACAAAGUGAAAGAUCCAGAAGUGCGGCAAUUCAUCGAAAAAUGUCUGGCAACUGUCUCAUCAAGGCUCUCAGCAAGAGAACUUUUAAAUGACCCAUUUCUCCAAAUUGAUGAUUAUGAAGAUGAUUCUAGGUUAACUGAUUGCAUAAGUGAAUUUGAUGGUCUUGGUUCUUUAAUCAGACAACCGUUCCUUGAACAUUACAACAGUCUCAGUGACAGCUCUUAUAAUAAUGGAUACUCCAAUGGCAUUGAUUUGGAAUCCUAUGAGUGUGGGUAUAAUCCCAGUGAGAUUGAGAGCUCUGGUAUCGAGUUAUUUGAACAACAGGACGAUGACCAUUCUCCAGAUGUUGACAUAACUAUUAAAGGGAAGAAAAGAGAAGAUGGCAGCAUCUUUUUACGACUUAGAAUAGCUGAUAAAGAAGGACGCAUACGGAAUAUUUAUUUUCCUUUUGACAUUGAGUUGGAUACAGCUUUAAGCGUUGCAACCGAAAUGGUUGCAGAACUUGAAAUUACUGACCAAGAUGUAACUAGCAUUGCUGAUAUGAUUGAUGGGGAGAUAGCCGCUUUGGUACCUAACUGGAGAAAAGGUCCAGGAUUUGAAGAAAGUACUUGCUUUUCUGAUAUGAAAUUGUGCCAAAAUUGCGCUUCUACCCAUACCUCGAUUGGUUCUUUGAUGGAUUUUUUGUCAACCAACCCUGGAGCCUUUAACCCAACAUUUUUUCAGUGUCCUAACGGUUGUGCUGCUGCUAUUCAUGGACGGUUUGAAGAGAUCACUUUUCAAGUUGAAGGGUCUGAGUCUGUGCCCGAGCAUCAUGAAGUUGAAGCUUCAAAACUAGCCACUUCAUGCCAAGAUAAUGGUGCUAAUCACUCUGAAACAUGCGGUCGUUGUGAAGCUCCAGAAUGUAGCUCACUUGGCUCAGGAGGAAUCCAUUCUGAUGAAGAGCAUGAAAAGUUAGCACAACCUAGUUUGCCCAAGGGUGAAAAUCGAAGAAACUUAACCAAACAUCUUGCAAGUUCACAUUCUUUCACAUUUGUCCCCGACUCAUUGCACAAUCCCCUCACAAAUGAUUGUGAAAGUGAAGUUCAGUGGGAGCUCAGAUGGCUUAAAGCCAAAUACCAACUAGAGUUGAGGGAAGUCAAGGAUCAUCAGCUCGGGAUUUCAUCGAAAUCUUCAACCCCGCGAUCCUGUCAUGAAGGCGAUCAACAUCAAGCAGAUGACACGUUCUCACAAUCUUUACACCUUAAUCUAUUAUUAGAACACGAAAGAAGGAUCUUGCUCUCAGAGUCUGAAAGUGUAAACAAUGCAAAAAGUGAAGAUUUUUCAAAGAGCUGCCCCAUUUCAAGAAUCCAAAGGGUUCGAAAUUGCGAGGCGAUGGAAGGUUCCUAUACCACACAACAUUUGGGUCAUACAAAGAACUUCACUGGUUCACUGUUACCAAGUGCUCUUUACAGAACUACAUCACUUCCUGUUGAUGCUGUUUAUAUAUAAUUAUAACAGUGAAGUGUUUAUAUGAUUCUUUUUUAUCCACUUUGAUACCAUUAUAGAGCCUGUAUAAACAUUUCAGUAUCCCCAUUUUUGCUCAGAAAUUGGGUGGAGUUGUGGUAGCUAUUUAUGAGACAUGUAGUCAACAAUUUUUUUCUGAGAGACUUGUAAGAUCUCCAGGGUAGCAAUUUGGGUCCAUUUGGCAUCCAUGUACAUUACUUAUUUACCUUAGAUUCUAAGGCUUAGAUUAGUUAAAGAAAUACCUACUUUUAUGAUUCA